AUGUCCUCAGCGCCAAGAUUCCAGAAUGUGUCGCGCGUCGGACCGCUCCCCAAAUACUUGCCGAGAUACGAAGACGUGAGUGGGUACCCAACACCCCCGGUAGCACCUCACAGUAUUCGGAAAGCAAAAGAUCGCAAAAAGUAUGAACUCGCGUUGGUCGAGCAUGGAAAACGUGUAGCCGCCUGGAGAUUGACGCAAAAUCCAUGUCGCGUUCUGAUUAUCCACCCGACCAAAUCAAUGGUGCACAAGACAGCCCAGUACUUCGAGUACCAGAAAGCUCUGACAGCUCGGAAAGUACACAUGCGGGAAGUGGUCAAGAUCCUCUAUCGCCAGCUCGACUGGGACAUCGUGGCGACAGUCUUUCCUCGGGUCUUUGUCCGGGGCUUCGAACCUCGCACCAUCACAAUCACACCUCGGGGACUCGAGAUCACUCUUGGCGAGCAUUACAUCGUCUACACUGGAGAAAAGCUCGCCAGAGGUACCUCCAUUGCCCGCAUUCUCGAAGGCUUCGUGGCCGAAAAGCUUCUAGCGGAAGUCUUCGCCGUGGCCCAAGAUCCCUUCCUUCCGAUUGCAACCAUCAAGAACAACGAGAAAGUCGCUGCGAAACUGGUGGAGCUCAUCAGCAAGGAGAUUCUGAGAUCCUCCACCAUCGAGAUCGAGCCCGUCUUCACUUCCGGUGGCCAAGGCGGAUGGGUGCCCGUUCCCGCUAUCCYCACCAGCUCCAUCACCUCUGUCCAACACAUCAACAUCCUGCUCCCUCUGCUUGAGAACGGAAAGGUCCUGUCACACUACUAUCCAGCCAAGCUUUACACCAUGCAGCUCGAAAUCAUCAAGAUCAAGACCUUCUUCCCGUCUGCCAAGAGUGUCAUUGUCACCGUCACAGAGCAUACAGGUGUGGCGGGUACGCCCCGUAAGACAUAUCUUGCGAGGAACUCGACCAUUUCGGCGACUCAGAUGAUGACGAAGAUGCAGACUCCUGGCAGCUUCGUCCCAGACGAGGAGACUACAUUGGAGGCUGAGUUGGCUGUUCUGAAGGUCGCGCUCGCGCUGGGUUGCAUGGGUGGAUCGGUUGAAACGGGUGUGGAGCUUGUGAAGAAGGCGCGCGUCGUCCCGCAUAUUCUGGGCCGAAGCCCAUAG